ACCAAGUGAAAAACUCUUGCGACACUCUUUAAGUCUUAACUCUUAACUCUCUAUAGGACCGUUUAAUUAAAACCCUGAAGCCUAACUAACCUCUAACAAGGGUUUCGCAACAGUAACCAGAAACGCCGCAAAGUCAAAACCUUUAUCAGACCCUUUAAUUUUCCGGCGAUCUUGAAAUCGUGGGUCAUCUCAGAUGAACUCAAUUCAACGUUUCUCGUUGACAACACAGCGUGGAAAAAGACUAAGCGUCGUCAAGUCAUGUGUACGACAUUUCUGCGGAAGAGACGUCGUAAUAAAAGACGAAGGAGACUGGUUUUACUCGCCGGAAUGGUGGGAUCCUCAAGACGGUGGUUACACAGUCUCACGAGCUGUCUCCAAUAAAGGAAACGGCGUCGUUUCUGUCGUCGCCCACCCUUCUUCUCUCCCUAGUAGAGAUUCAUGGGGAGAAACUGAGAAAUGGUUAGAGAAAAGGUAUAUGGAGAUUAUUCCAAGAGAUACAGAGGAGAAGAAUGGGAGGUUUAAUGUACUUGGAUAUCAAUGGCGAUCGCUUCGGUUUAACGAUGAUACUAGACAAAGCACUGUGAAAGUUAUGGCUGCUUGUAGAACAUUGCAACCAAGUUCUGUUUUUUAUAUGCAACAGCCUCAUUGUCUUGCUGUUCCAUAUCUGAAGAGUAUGGUUUCAGUUGGAUUGACUUCUCUUGCAGCUUCUAAAUUUGAUAUGAGGAGUGUAGCUAUUGGGGACAAACAAAUGCGUGUGUUAUGUAUCGGUCACGGUGGAGGAAGUUUACCGUUGUUUAUAGCUAAACACAUUCUUGGUGCUGUUGUUGACAUAGUUGAGCUAGACCCACUUGUUAUCUCAGAGUCGGUUCGAGCAAUGGGCUUUCCUGCAUUCUCUGUGAUGACAGCAACUGGGAAACGUGUGUUACCAACUCCUGAAAUUAUUGACCAAGUGAUGUGGGGAGGGAUCCAUGAGAGACUCUCCUUAUACGAAUCAAAAGCUGAGGAUUUCAUUCUCAGGAACCAAAGUAAUACUUAUGACUUGAUCUUCAUGGAUGCUUAUGAUGGAGCAGACAUCUUUCCCCAUAGUCUGUGGGAUUCCAGUUCUGUGUUUAUGAAAGCUCUGAGCAAAACACUUCACCAUGAGCAUGGAACUCUGGUGGUGAACCUUCACUCUGAUGCAGACAUCUCUGAUAUAGACAGAUCAAAUGAAGGUGUAACAACGGGGAAGUAUGUACGGAAAGUUGGUAAAGCCUAUAAAAAGGGUUUAUUAGAGAAUGAGAGGAAUGGUCUGGUGUUUGCUUGUGAAGUGCCAUGGCUAUGUAAUGUAUCGCUGGUGGUGAGCAGAGGGAUGGGGUCAGAGGGAAGAGAUAGAGAGAAAACCAAGAGUAAUCUAAUGAAGACUUCACUAGAAGUGGACCGAGUCCUGCGUCUGCCUUUCUCUUGCUUGGAUUAUCUGAAAACUGGUCUUGCCAUCAUAUAAAUUGAUCUCAGGAAUUGAGGUAUGUCUUAAUAUAUUUUUUGCGCGUAUUAGGCAACAUGCAACACUAUAGGAUGCUAUAAUAAAAACACACCAAACCUUGUGAUAUGUGUCUUGAAUAUGAUUUACUUGGUGUCAAAGACCCAUUUGUUCUACACUUGAGGUUACAAUAGAAUCAUGUUGUGGUUCCAUAUAAUCAUACAAGAGUCGUCUCGUCCAUUAUGUGUAGCUUGAACGCGAUAAAGCCAUGGUCCUCCAAAGAGAAGUUGAUCUUCCUCUUCUUCCAUGUUGACUACAUAGCAUGUAACUUUGUCCUUAUAGAAAUCUCCGAUUGAGACAGGGACUCUACACGUCUCCUCUGCGACUUUAUCCUCUCUUCUCGUUGCCAUAACCCUAACAGAUGGAUAUUUUUUCAGCGUCUUGAGUUUCAACUGCUUCACUAAACCUUUUGAAAUGAUGUUGUUUCCGCCGUAGAGGACCAAUCUGCAGGCUUCGUCGUUGAUAACACAUUGUGUGCGGAAAACAAAAUCUGGUUUCCAGUCAAAGAAGUUUGUUAUUGUAUUACUACUACCUUGUUGAGUUUGUUGAUCAUGAUGAUGAUUGUCUUCUUGAUGCAGUAAGAUCGCGGAAACCUCGAUAGGAGUCAUGUUUCUCGCAUUCCAAUCUGUUGGUUGCGGUCUCCAUUGGGAGGACUCAUUAGUAGCAGUAUCUUCUUGUUGAAUUCUUAUUAGGGUUUGCUCCAUCUCCUCAAACCGUCUUUCGAUGUUACUCUCAAUAUCCAAGGCUUGUAUUUUACUGCUUCUGUCUUCGGCCAUUGUGUUGCCUGGAGGUUAAUCACUUGAUUUUGUGCUUUGUGACACAAAAUUUUGAAAAUUUCCUGAAACCUGAAAGUUUGUAAAUCAGCUGAUUGUUUGAUGUAGUUCAUAAGAAAAUCUUUUGGAAUAAUUCCUAAACUAUUUUUAAAUAGAUAACUACGAUUAAUAAAAAAAUA